GCCGCGGCCCGCCUCGGCCCGCCCCAUCCCGCUCCGGCCUGUACGCGCUCCACCCCCGGUAAAGGGUCGGGCUAUGUAAAGGGGCCCGGGGAGGGGUCGCGUCUUCGCUAGUCUCCGUGUCCCUCCGCGCAGGCGGGCGGCCCCGGAGAGCUAGUGCCUACGAAGACGACCGCGGCGCCCCUUCCCCAUCAUGAAUAGAGGCUUCUCUCGAAAGAGCCACACGUUCCUGCCUAAGAUUUUCUUCCGCAAGAUGUCAUCCUCAGAGGCCAAGGACAAGCCUGAGCUGCAGUUUCCCUUCCUGCAGGACGAGGAGACGGUGGGCACGCUACAAGAAUGCAAGACGCUCGUCAUUUUGCGCGGCCUGCCAGGGAGCGGCAAGUCCACUCUGGCACGGGCCAUCACGGACAGGUACCGUGACAGCACCAAGAUGGUGUCUGCCGAUGCUUACAAGAUUACCCCUGCUCGAGGAGGCUUCCCCAAGGAGUACAAGCUGCUGGACAAGGAACUGGCUGACUGCUGCCGCCGGGACAUCCGAGUCCUUGUGCUGGAUGACACCAACCAUGAGCGGGAGCGGCUGGAGCAGCUCUUUGAAAUGGCUGACCAGUACCAGUACCAGGUGGUGCUGGUGGAGCCCAAGACAGCAUGGCGGCUGGACUGUGCCCAGCUCAAGGAGAAGAGCCAGUGGCAGCUGUCGGUCGAUGAGCUAAAGAAGCUGAAGCCUGGGCUGGAGAAGGACUUCCUGCCACUCUACUUUGGCUGGUUCCUGACUAAGAAGAGUUCUGACAGCCUCCGCAAAGCCGGCCAGACCUUCCUGGAUGAGCUGGGGAACCACAAGGCCUUCAAGAAGGAGCUGCGACACUUUAUCUCUGGGGAUGAGCCCAGGGAGAAGAUUGACCUUGUUACCUACUUUGGGAAGAGACCCCCGGGCGUGCUGCACUGCACAACCAAGUUCUGUGACUACGGGAAGGCCACCGGGGCAGAUGAGUACGCCCAGCAGGAUGUGGUAAAGAAGUCUUACUGCAAGGCCUUCACGCUGACCAUUUGUGCCCUCUUUGUGACGCCCAAGACGACAGGAGCCCAGGUGGAGCUGAGUGAGCAGGAGCUGCUGCUGUGGCCAAAUGACGUGGACAAGCUGUCUCUCUCUGACAGCCUGCCCCGGGGAAGCCGCGCUCACAUCACCCUAGGCUGCGCAGGUGACGUGGAGGCUGUGCAGACAGGCAUUGACCUCCUGGAGAUUGUGCGGCAGGAGAAGGGGGGCAGCAGAGGUGAGGAGGUGGGUGAGCUAACCCGAGGCAAGCUCUUCUCCAUGGGCAAUGGGCGCUGGAUGCUGAACCUGGCCAAGAAGCUGAAGGUCAGGGCCAUCUUCACAGGCUACUACGGGAAGGGCAUACUUGUGCCCACACACGGCAGCCGCAAGGGGGGUGUCUUUCAGUCUUGCACCAUCAACUGAGUGUUCUCACCACCCCGUGCCCCUCGCUCUUUAGAAGGGAUGGGGGGAGGAGAAAACACGCCCUCUGCUUGAUCUUUGUUUUAAGAUUCUUUUUUUUUACUCAAAAUUAACCUUCCUAUAACUUUUUAAAAACUUGUAAAAUAACUGCCUCUCUUUUCCUGCCAGCCCCCUUUCCCUCUAACACUCAAGUUUUCAACAAGGUGGGUAGGCAGGUGCCAUUCAGGAACCCAGCCUGAUGAGGCUGGGUGACCUGGGCCUGGAGCUGCAGCCACAACCCCGAGCCCUACUUUCAGUUACUGGUGCCCCCAGCGCAAGUCUAAGUCCACUGCCCUGCCCAGAGCUGGCCGUUGGGAGAGACACCUCAGAGCUACACACUGCCCAUGGGGGUGGUCACCAUGGCCACGGAACACUGGUGGUGGAUGUGAGGGGGAGGGUCCUUGGGCCUUGAUCCCAUUUCUUAAUCAGUGUAGCCCCAGAAAAGCUGGGGCUGUUUACCAGGGUAGAAAAAGAUUUGUCUCCUACUUUGGGUCCUAAGUACCUGUCCCCUUCUUCACACUGUAACUAGGUAACAGUUUGAUAACUAGGGAAGAAAACAGAACAGUAAGCGGCAGCCACACAUCUCGGGCUGGCUGCUGGCCUCACCCCAGGAAGGAAAUGGGAUGGCCACCCUUUCCAGUGGUGUGACUCUGCCAUGUGGAUGGGAGACUGAGGCCAGUGACAGUGCCUCAGUGGGGAAGCUCCAGUCUUGCAGUCUGCCCAGCCCAUCCGGCCUCCUUGGUGCCUCUGGAGGCCUGUGUGCCUCCUCUAAAGGGGGCUGGUGGGUACUAAGAGCCAGUGGAGUAGACUCCUGGCUGUUAAGGGCUAAGCCCCACCAGGUACCUCUGGGAAGGGGUUUUUAAUACAGCAAAUUGGGUUGUGGUUCCCUCCACUGUCCUCUGCUCAGUAACAGGGCCUUGCUAAUUAGGUUGUCACUCAACAAAAGUGCUUGGGAUCUGAGUUACUAUCCUGGCUUUGCCCAACCUCAGAAACUUGUAAGACUGAUAAUGAAAUAAAUCAUGUUAACCUA